AACGCGAAGUAACGACGGGUGAUGUUGCGCUGCGUUUGUUAUGAAUUUAAAGCGGCACUCCGAGCUUUAAUUUUUUUUGUUUUACUUUAGUAGCUGUCCGCACAGAUUUAGCAAUGUUAAACGCCCGGGGGUAACUUACUGACGGAGGGAAGCAGGCGCUGGAAAUGGAAAGAGACUUCGACCUCUGUUUUUAGUUCAAAAGCGUUAGUUGUCCGUUUAUUAAUAAGAGCCAUGAAACAAAGUGUCGUAGGGGUCAUGGGGGCUCUGGGGCACCUGCUGCUGUGGCUUCUCCUGCUGUCAUUGGAAGGGAGUUUGUUUCAGGUUGGAGGGGUCAGAUCAGUCACCCUCCCAGAGUCCCUGCUGUUUGUCUCCACUCUGGACGGUAGUCUGCAUGCUGUCUCCAAACAGACAGGAGACAUCAAGUGGACCUUAAGAGAAGACCCCAUUAUUCAAGUACCUGUCUACCUCACAGAACCAGGUUUCCUCCCGGACCCCAAUGAUGGCAGUUUGUAUGUACUCGGUGGAAAGCACAAGGAAGGUUUGAUGAAACUGCCUUUUACCAUCCCUGAGCUGGUGCAGUCAGCUCCCUGCAGGAGCUCUGAUGGGAUACUCUAUACAGGUAAAAAGCAGGAUGUGUGGUUUGUGGUGGAUCCUGAAACGGGUGAAAAGCAAACCAGUUUAACAACCUCCUCCUCCGACUCCAUAUGUCCCAACAGUCCCCUGCUCUACAUAGGACGCACAGAAUACGUUGUUACCAUGUUUGAUACGAAGACACAAGAGCUGCGAUGGAACGCUACGUACAACGAUUACUCUGCUCCGCCUUACGACGAGAAGCAAGACUACAAAAUGGCCCAUCUUGUUUCAAGUGGUGAUGGUCUUGUUGUGACAGUUGACAGAGAGUCAGGUGACGUCCUUUGGAGUCAGAACUAUGGGUCGCCAGUGAUUGGCGUCUACCUGUACUCUGGGGACUCGCUCAGACAUGCCCCCCACCUGUCUCUUGCAGUGGAAACUUUACGCUUCCUCACCUUAUCCUCUGCUGGUGAACAGACAGAUACACACUCCACUUUGAAGUGGAGCUAUCAGUUUGUGAAGGAGCAAGCCAGCGCGCAGACACAGCUCGUGCCCACUCUCUACGUGGGAAAACUGGACUCCCACCUCUACGCUUCGACUUCCCUUGUCCACCACGGAGUCUCAUUAGUGCCUCGGGGACUGACCCUGGCACGGAUUGAGGGUCCGGUGACCGCUGAGGUGACGGUCAGAGAGAGAGGAGAGUGUGAGAUCACACCGUCCACUGAUGUGCGCUAUCCUCCAGGGAGCACAAACAGCCAGAAAAACCACUGGCUGCUCAUUGGUCACCAUGAGCUCCCUCCAGUAGCUCACACCACCAUGUUGAGAGAUUUUCCUGCCCCCCUGCAGCGUUCUGGAGAGGCAGUCAUCCCCCCACGAUCAUCUGCCUCCCCAGUGUCCCCUGCCUCCUACUACCAGCAGCGCUAUUUUGAGAUGUUAGCUGGUAGACAUAGUGACACUAAAGCUAACCAAGGAGGGGCUGAUGGGAAGGCAUCAGGACAGGCUCAGAGGUCAGCCACUGUGCUGCCUCUCUAUGUGACUCAGGACCGUCUGGCUCUGGCUGUCGUGACUCUGCUGCUGGGAGGAUGGCUCGCCUUCAUGCUCACAUAUCCCAUCCGUGCAGCUCAGCAGUUGAAAGCUCAAAGACAGCUGGAGGAGGCCUUUGAGUCUCGUCUCCAGCGUAUGCAGACCAACGUACAGACAAAUACACAGACACCAACCUUGGUUUCUUUAAACCCACCUCCUUCUACUGAUGCAAGCAUAUCAAAUGACCCCCUGCCUGCAUCUGUAGAACCUCCUCCCAGUCCUCCCAGUCACAGCAGCAGCAGCUGCAGCACCUCACAUGGAGAUGAAAAUGGCAAGAAUGGAUACAAACCCACAGCAGAAGGAAACAGUGAGGAGGUGCAGGUGGGUAAAAUCUCCUUCACUUCCUCUGAGGUGCUUGGACACGGCUCAGCAGGAACUUUUGUCUUCAGGGGUAAAUUUGAUGGACGCCAUGUUGCCGUGAAGCGAAUUCUGCCGGAGUGUUUCGAGGUGGCAGAGAGAGAGGUGCAGCUUCUCCGAGAGUCUGACACACACCCGAACGUCAUCCGGUACUUCUGCACAGAGCGAGACCGCCUCUUCACCUACAUCGCCAUCGAGCUGUGCACUGCAACACUGCAACAGUAUGUGGAAGAUCCUUCCUGCUUUCCUGAUCUGAAUCCUAUAACUCUGCUGGAACAGACCAUGUGUGGCCUCUCCCAUCUCCACUCGCUCAAUAUAGUCCAUCGUGACCUGAAGCCUAGAAACAUCCUUCUUUCUGCUCCGAGUGCACUGGGUCGGGUCCGAGCUCUCAUCUCGGACUUUGGGCUCUGUAAGAAGAUUCCUGAUGGUCGGAGUAGCUUCUCUUUGCGGUCUGGAAUACCAGGAACUGAAGGGUGGAUAGCUCCCGAAGUGCUCCGAGAGACCCCUGAAAUUAAACCGACAGCAGCUGUGGACGUGUUUUCAGCAGGCUGUGUUUUUUACUACGUGAUCAGCAGGGGGCAGCACCCCUUCGGCGAUGCACUGAGAAGACAGGUCAAUAUCCUGUCAGGAGAAUGCUCACUCUCUCACUUUAUGGAGGAUAUACAUGAUGAUGUCAUAGCGCAGGAUUUGAUUGCGCAGAUGAUCAGUGCUGAGGCGGAGUCACGCCCCUCCACCGCCUGCGUGCUCAAACAUCCGUUCUUCUGGAGCCCCGAGAAGCAGCUGCUAUUUUUCCAGGAUGUGAGUGACCGCAUAGAGAAAGAGCCAGCAGACAGUCCGAUUGUAGUCAGAUUAGAAACUGCAGGAAGAGCAGUGGUCCGAACCAACUGGAGGAUGCAUAUCUCAGUGCCUCUGCAGACAGACUUGAGGCGCUUCAGGACCUAUAAAGGAAACUCAGUGAGAGACCUGCUGAGAGCCAUGAGGAAUAAGAAGCAUCACUACCAUGAGCUGCCACCAGAGGUGCAGGAGACUCUUGGCGAGCUGCCUGAAGGCUUCGUCGGGUAUUUCACAUCACGGUUUCCCCGGUUACUGAUGCACACACACGCUGCUCUGCAAAUCUGCGCCCACGAAAGACUGUUUCACCCUUACUACCUGCCCCCCAAUGCCAAAUGGCCUUCACAUGGCUGUGCACUCCAUAUGUCAUAAGCAUGGAUAAGUAAAAGAAAUCCCUGACUGUACCCCGUUAUUGCUUUUGUAAAGCCCAUACUGUUCUUCAGGGGAAGUUACAGUUGCUCUGAAAAUGUUUUUAUAGGCCUUGGGGCUGUUUUAUAGAUUAAUUUUAUUGAAUGUAUAUAUUGUAUUAGUAAUAGGAUAUGUUUUAAACUGUAUAUUAGUAAAAAAAAUCAUCUUUUUUUUUUUUUGCCGGGGCCUGUACUAUGAUGCAAGUUUAAUGUAACUUACUGUUAUCGAGCUUCACUGAACCUAAAAACUGCAAACAUACAAAGUGGUGUUACAACAGUGGUUAUUAGCACUGCCAGCUAGCCUUGGUUUUCCCAACAAAAAAGAGGUGGAAGGAAAACCUAAAGGAAAACAUGAGCUUACACACACACAUACAUAUAAUUUUUUUUUUAAGAUAAUUAAAUGAUCAUGUUUAACAGAUGCUGCAUCAUAGUACUGGCCUCUGGAGUGCCGCUUUUGUUGGAACUAAACAAAAUGAAGUAAAAUUAUUAUGAGGUUCUAUUAAUUACUGAAAACUCAGUGGGGAUAAUUUAAAAGUCUGAAUGAACCAUAUAUAAUGAUCCUAAUGAUUAAAGAGAGCGUGCUGAAGAGCUGCAGCAAAUCUCAUAUUCAUGUUGUCAAUAGAGGUUUGAUCAUUUGAAAAGGUUGUAUUGAAUUGGGUGCACAAACUCGUUGUUGCAGCUGUAGGUAAAGCAGACACUGGCUUCACAAAGCUUCUGUUGUGGUACACAGUUACACAAGGCUGCAUGUUAGUGUUAAUGCUGUGCUUGUAGCUGUUCUGGAGAAACUGACUCUAUGACAUUUAUGUGCUUUAAUUAAGGUGGUGUGUAUGAGUCUGUACCUGCAUAGCUCACGGUAGUUACACUGCACCCAGGCAUGUUAUCCACUAAAGGCAGUGCACUGAUUAUCAUAGUCAAACAUCACUGACACACUUCAUAUGUGGGUAAAUCUGUGAAAAUGUGGUUGUAUGUGCGAACACCAAAAUGUAUCAGAUGUGAAGUCAGGAUAGGAUGGAAGUUUGUUUAUGGUUUUCCAGGAGAAUGAAUGAAUGAAUGACUCAGCCUUUUGUAGUCUUUUUUUUCUUUUUUUUUUUUUUUUUUGAUUGAGUUAAAUAGAUGCUUUGGGUGUAGCAACGAAUGGGACACAUCAGAUUAGUUGUAAUCUAAGGCCUUAAAUCUUAACAACAAUGCUUGCUGCAAUAAACUGUAUACAGCACAGUGUGAGACACAGUGGAGGGUAAAACUUAAAGGUAAAAAAAGUAAUUUAAAACGCACGACUAAAAGUUUUCUCACAGAACUUUUUUUUUUGAUAAUAAAUCAAACUUUUUGACAUUUCUUGCAAUUUGUUCAAUAAGCAGAGAUGCAUUUCAGACAUUUCUUUCUCUGAUGUCGAUUGUUUAUC